AUGGCAUACCAAAACUACAGCUGGAACAAUUAUGGGUGGCGAUGCCCCUCUGAAGAGUACCCAGUGUACGACCCUCCAGUAGAGGCUAUAUACCCUAGGCAUCACAAGGGUCAUGUGACAUUCGCAACCAUCUAUGAAGAAGACCCUGUAGCUGAAGUAGAAGCCAAGAACUUUGAGCAACGUUAUCAAAGUACAGGGUUUAACAGUAAUCACAGGGCUUAUAAAAGCGUGGAUCAAGAAGCUGAUGCUUUUAUUCAGCAUGAGCACAAGAGGAUGGAAAUGGCUAGGCUCAUGUCUCAAAGGGGUGCUUGA